AUGUCGUACAGACAAACUCCCACCAUUGUGGUUCUGAAAGAGGGAACAGAUACGUCCCAGGGCCGUGGACAAAUCAUCUCCAAUAUCAAUGCGUGUUUAGCAAUCCAAGACACGCUCAAAUCUACGCUUGGUCCAUUCGGUAGUGACAUUCUUUUGGUCGGCUCAGACAACAAAACAACCAUCACCAACGAUGGUGCGACCAUAUUGAAGAAGUUGGACGUGGUCCACCCAGCAGCAAAGAUUCUUGUCGAUAUUAGUAGAUCCCAGGAUUGCGAGAUUGGAGAUGGUACCACCAGUGUUUGUCUGUUGGCAAGUGAGAUAUUGAAGAACUGCAAGAACUUCAUUGAAGAAGGAAUGAGCAGUAACUCUAUCGUCAAGGGAUUGAGAGACUCAUGCGAUUUGGCAAUGAAGAAGAUCAAAGAACUGGAGGUGAACCUCGAAGAAAAGCCAGAAGAUGAAGAAUACGACAUGUUGAUCAAGUGUGCAUUGACUGCAAUGAACAGUAAAAUCAUCCAGCAGAACGGCGAUUUCUUUUCCAAGUUGGUUGUCGACUCGGUGUUGACGUUAGACAGAGACGAUCUAGACGAGAACCUCAUUGGUAUAAAGAAGAUUGCCGGCGGUGCAAUGGAAGAUUCCUUGUUCAUCAGUGGUGUCGGUUUCAAGAAGACCUUUUCAUAUGCCGGAUUUGAGCAACAGCCAAAGACAUUUGAAAACCCAAAGAUCUUGUCUCUUAACGUCGAGCUCGAGUUGAAAGCUGAAAAGGACAAUGCUGAAGUGAGAAUCGAAAAGGUGAACGACUACCAGAAGAUCGUCGAUGCAGAGUGGGGGAUCAUAAUGGACAAAUUGAACAAGAUAGUCGACAGCAAGUGUAACAUUGUCUUGUCGAAGCUACCUAUUGGAGAUUUGGCCACCCAAUUUUUCGCAGAUAGAGGUAUCUUCUGUGCAGGUAGAGUGACAAGUGAUGACUUGGAGCGUAUAAUCAAGGCCGUUGGAGGAUCGAUUCUAACUUCUGUCAAUGAAAUAAAUACCGAGAAGGACUUAGGUACCUGCUCCAAAUUUGAAGAGCUACAGAUUGGAAGUGAACGUUUCAACAUUUUCAGUGGAUGCCCAUAUACCAAGACUUGUACAUUAAUUUUACGUGGAGGAUCCAUAAAGAUCAUCGAUGAGAUUGAACGUUCGUUGCACGACGCAAUCAUGAUUGUCAAGAGAGCACUAAAAAAUAAGCAGAUCGUUGCUGGUGGCGGUGCAAUUGAAAUGGAACUAAGUAAAUAUCUGAGAGAUUACUCGCAUCAAAUCAAGGGUAAGAAGCAAUUGAUUAUCCAAAGUUAUGCCAAGGCGCUGGAGAUUAUCCCAAGACAGCUUUGUGAAAAUGCAGGUUUGGACAGCAUUGAGUUGCUAAACAAACUGCGUAAUUUCCAUGCUAACGGCGACAUCCAUUACGGUUUGGAUCUAGACUCUGACAGCGUUGCAAACAAUUUGGAGAAAUUUGUCUGGGAACCUUCAGUUGUGAAAAUCAAUGCGCUACAAAGUGCAACUGAGGCUGCAAUCUUGGUUCUCAGUGUUGAUGAGACUAUCCAAAACAAAGAAAGCGAUCAAGGUGGUGCACCUGGUGGUCCUGGGCCUAGAGGUAGAGGUAUGCAAAUGCCAAUGGGAAUGUAA